ACGACGUAUUCUUGAGCUUUCGAGGCGAAGACACCCGCCACAACAUAACCGAAAACCUCCACAAGGCCUUAGUCGACGCCGGCGUUCCCACGUUCAAAGACGAUGUUAACCUUCAGAAGGGCAACGAGAUUGCGUCCGAUCUGCUCAAGGCCAUACAGACAUCGAGAAUCGCCAUCAUAGUGUUCUCCAACAACUACGCGAGCUCUAGCUGGUGUCUGGAUGAGUUGGUCAAGAUUGUAGAGUGCAACAGGGAAGCGGGUCAGGUCAUUUUGCCCAUUUUCUGCGAUGUGGAUCCCUGUGAUGUGCAGCAGCAGAUGGGCACUUUUUCAGAAGCACUUGCUGUGCAUGAAAGAAGUGGCAGGACCCAGGACAAGUUGGAGGCUUGGAAAGUGUCGUUGACCGAAGCGGCUAGUCAGCCUUAUGGCUUUGAUAUGCGGGAUGCUGCUACUUGGCUUCAAUCGAAGUUCAUAAAAGAAAUUGUAAAGCAUGUUCUGAGUAGAUAUCAAGAUGCGCACUUGAGUGUUUCCAUCUUCCCACCAAGAUUAGAUGCUGGUAAAGAAUACAUGAAUUCCUUGUUAAGUGUAAUAUCAGAUGACAUUCUCAUCAUAGGCAUCUGUGGAAUGGAGAAAACUGCCUUGGCAAAAGAUGCAUAUGACCAGAAUUUUUAUAGGUUUGAAAGCAGCAGUUUCAUUAAAGAUGUGAACAAGAUGGCAGAACAACCCAAUGGAUUAGUUGCCUUGCAAAAGUGGCUCCUUUCAGAUAUCCUGGGAGUAGACAAUGUAGAAAUAAAUGAUGUUAAGGAAGGAACUGAGUUGAUUAAAGAUGUAGCAAGAAGAAAAAGAGUGCUCAUCUUUCUUGAUAAUGUGAAUAAACUAGACCAGUUAAAUGCACUCGCUAGGAGACGGGAGUGGUUCGGCUCAGGAAGCAGAAUAGUGAUAACUACUAGAGAUCCACAACUGCUAAGUGUACUUGAAGUCGAUAAUGUAUAUGGGACGCAAGGCAUAGAGGUUAUCGAGACACAGUUUCAGCAGAACCUUCAGAUGAUUAAAGACCUGGAGGAGCCUAUCAGAAGGUCAUAUGUUCAGGCUCGUGAUAAAGAAAGGUCCCUUAUUGCUGAAAUAGAAGCAAUACGGAGAAAGAACGAUGCUCAGGCGCAAAUUAUAGCAGAGCUGCAGCAAAAUUCGAAUUCCAAUUUCCCCUUGUAUGCAUUAGACUCGGCAACAGAUGUUCUACUGGAUGGAAGAGGGCCUGAAAAUUUUGAUGGAUAUGAUGAUUACAAAACCCUGCUCAGUUUUGUUCCUGAGAAUGAGAUGAUAAUUGGGGAUGCUAAUGUCAAUCAUGAGUUGAAGGCAACAAUGCAAUUUCUUAAUGUUAGAUCCAGGGAUUUCAAUGAUCCAGUGAGCAGUGAAUCGUCCAGGCAUUAAUUCUGCGAGGGACUAAGGAGGAACGUUUAUAAUAGAGUUCUGUAUGUAAUUCGCCACAGCUAAUGAUGCAACAGAAUAGUAUAUAUCAUUCAGGUUAGAAUCCAACAAUCUAUUACCGGAUUUGUAGCUCCUUCUGUGUUCAUUGUUGCCUUUUCUUG